UAUAAGCCGUUCUUGAAGGUAAACUUUGAAAUCGGACUCGGAGCGAUGAUGUACUAUUUCAGAUCAGACUAACUUGAGUGGUAUGGCAACUGCAGCGUCAUUCCCCACCCAAACCCUGGCACUACUCGUUAGCGAUCUGCCUGGUGACAAUAAAAUGCUCAAUAUAAGCAGCAACACAUCCAGCAGUUCCACAGCAAGCUCUGUCCUGAUCAGAUCCAGCAACCCACCUCCCUACCUUGGUCCCUCCCUCUCCGGAAGUUCAUCUGACAGACGAGCCUCCUCGUCAAGUUUCUCGAGUACGGGAUCACAGCGUGUCCGUAUCAAAGCCAAGUACCUCCGGGAGGUGAAGUCCCCAUUUGAGGAAGACAAAAAUGAAGGAGGCAAGGGGAGGGAUGACUAUGUGCCCCCUGCCCUGCCUGGGAACUUGCCCCUGGGUUAUGAGCAGAGGAGGGAAACUCAGAAAAUAAGAGAGAAUCAACAGACAUCUGGCAGUGCAGGGAAACCAGGUCCAGAUGUAGACAUAGACAGAAGCAAGUCUUCCAAUGGAGAUGAUGGCCAUGGUGAUGAUAAUAAAACACAGAAAGGUUUUACUGGAGGAGUGAAUUUAAACUUGAAAGCGUCUUCGGUAGCAUCUUUGCUGAAGCAGGGAGCCCCUACAUCAAGCCAACAGCUCCAUUCUCAGCCACCUGGUCCCAACAAUAAUGUCAGAAUCACUCAGUUUGCUGCAGGUGGGAAACAGAAAGUCUUCAAGGAACAACUCUUGAAAAGGCAGGAGAGUAGUGGGCCAGUUAAGAGAUACGUCCGGCCAACCAUGGUUGGCAGCAAAUAUGGAGUAACCCAUUCAGACAGACAGAGACCAGAACAUGAAACUGAAGACAACACCAGCAACCCUAACACAGUAGCCGCUGUGACUGCCGCUGCAGUAGCUGCCACUGUUCCAAUUGUCAAGGCUCAGAGUGACCUGGAAAGUAAGAUGGAUGCCAUGUUGGCAAAACUUGCUCACCUUCACGAGAUGAGCGACAGAGCACAGCAAUCACAAGCUGAGCAGCAGCAGCAACAGAAGCAGCAGGAAGUCACUGCAGUGUCACAGCUCAGUGACAAGGCCGGUGAACUGCAGAGUCAACUUGAUGAGGCAAUCAACAAGAGGCUGCAGCAGUUAGAGAAGAUGCAAGAAAGGCAGAUGGAAUGGCAGGAGAAACUUGUUAUGGCAAAUCAGCAUCCAGCACAGAGACUGGAGAAACAUCCAUCACUGACCCAGCUUCACUCACUGCUAAAUGGUGUCAGAAGUGGGAUUUCUGAUCAACCAAUUCCUGAGCGGGAAUCAAGUGGUAGGUCCCAAAUGCCUGCAGAAAAACCUUUACGGCAACCACCUGGACCUGAAGAACAGAGGAAUUACAAUCCAAAAUCCCAUUCAGCUUUUUCACAACACGCAGUUCAGCCACAGGAUAUGAAGCCUACAAGAGAUUGCACUGCCCCAAGAGUACUAGUAAACCCACGCCAAUCCGACAAAGUUAAAGCACAAAAGCAGAAUCGGUACACGCCAGCAGUGACGUUGCAUAGAUACCCACCUCAAAAUGCUUCACCAGCUAAACGAAGAAAAGAAAUGGUCUCUAGCGACAAUGAUCUUGAAAUGGGAUCAGAGAAACAGGCAAAGCAGCCGUCGCCACUAGACACACCAGCCCCUAGACGGCAUGCUCCGCGACCUUUGACACAGAUCCCACCGCCCAAAAUGACACAUGCUGGUCGAGGUUUGCUGGAGGAGAUUCUCACAAGUCACGAUGAAGAAGAGAGAAAGAGAGUCACAAGAGGGCACCAGACACACUCACCACAAGUCACAGCUGUCACCAGGUAAGUCCUUGUCAAACUAAGUUAUGUUUGCUGUCAGAGGUACAUCAUUUUCUGACGUUUCAUUCUGUUGAAGAUGCAACAGUCAAAAUGAUUAGUGGUUUGAAUUGACUACUUCUUUGAGAAGUAAGUAUUAAGUUUGAGAGGAGUCGUGCCCAGCUACCUUUUUAAUGCAACUUAAGUGAUUUGAUUCCAGGAACUUUUGAAUUCAAGUUUUUAAUUUCAUGUUUUAAGUACACAUGUACAAGUUUGGAUUCAUCUAUUCAACUACUGAGCCUGAGUACUUGCGUCGGAUGGAAUUCUGAAUAAUAAGUACAUGUACUCCAAUCCUGCAAUGUAGUAGAAGGCAGCAAAGACGACAAUGCAUUGUUUACACUUAUUUAUAUGCUGAACAACAUUAAGUUACAGUCAUAUCCAAACAUUUAAGGUCAUGUCCAAGUUAACUGGUUACAGCUUGCAGUUGGACAUGCGCCUAGUAUAUGGAUGCAGCUGCAGCCACAUGUUUUACUGCCUGCCAAAGCCAAGUAAUUUGGAAAUGGCCAAACGCUGCACUCCGAUGUAAUGUUUGGCACGACAUCGUCACAGGCAUUUUAAACUGCCACAUAUUUUUAGGUCACAUGACCGCUGACAAGCUCAGGGCUGAUACAGUGUGUACAGCUGAAGUGCCGACAAUGAUUAUGUCAAGUAAACAUGUCUGACACAAGGAUGAUAUAUCACCAUCAUAAAUACGCCAAACUAUUUAUAACAUUUCAGAAAUGCCUCCCUGCACAGUUUACACUUACACCUGCAUUAUGUCAAGGUGAUCAGGGUUCUUGCCC